CUGUACCUAAUGUGAACGCGAAUUCUAUACAGUCGCAGUUUGUAUCUCCGGGGCUCUAGAUGGAUGGAACGACUGGCCUGUAGACUGAAGUCAUGCAUGCUUUUUUAUAUUCAAACCCUUUUACUACCGCCAACUGGUGAGCUCAGCGCGCUGUGACGUGACUAAUCGCCGAUCCACGGCAACGACGACAUUAUCAGUCAGUAUUCGCUCCCCGCCAAAUCCCACGUUAUUUCCAUCCUCUUCCAUUGGACCAUCUACCGACUUCCUAAGAAGCCCGAGUAGACAUCUGCGGCAGGAAAGCAAGGAGGCGCUCUUAAAUAGAGACCGGAAUACCCUCAAUCAUCACCAUGGCCGCCGUCGACCACCCCGCCUCCUCGCUCCCCCACCUCCAGCUGCUGUCGGAUUUGACCCCGCCUUCGCUCGAACGCACCUGGUUAACAGCACCGCAUCCCCGACUCCCCAUCGUCGCCACCUGCAGCUCCGACAAGACGGUGCGCGUCUACUCCCUGACCAACUUCCGGCUCCUCUCCACCAUCUCCGGCGGACACAAGCGCAGCGUCCGCACAGCAGCAUGGAAGCCACAUGUCCAGGGCGAGAGCGUGCUCGCAACGGGUAGUUUCGACGCCACCGCGGGGAUAUGGCGUCGGUGGGACAGUUAUGGACAGACGACUGGUGAUGAAGGAUGGGGAUUGGGUCAAGAAAUCACCACCAAGAGCGAGUCACAACAAGAGCCAGCGCAAGAAACCGACAUUCUCCGUCAACAGCAAGCCGCAGACAACGACAGCGACGGCGGUGCAGAUGAUGAAGACGAAGAAUGGCGUUUCGCCGUUCUCCUCGACGGACACGACAGCGAAGUCAAAUCCGUCUCGUGGUCCCCUUCGGGAAUGCUCCUCGCGACAUGUUCGCGAGACAAAUCAAUCUGGAUCUGGGAGGAUCUGGAUGACGGGGACAAUAACUUCGAGACGGUUGCGGUGAUGCAAGAGCACGAGGGAGAUGUCAAGUGUGUGGCGUGGCAUCCGGUGGAGGAAUGUUUGGCUAGUGCGAGUUACGAUGAUACAAUUCGUAUUUGGCGCGAGGAUCUGGAUGAUUGGGGACAGGUUGCUUGUUUGCGGGGUCAUGAGGGGACCGUGUGGUUUUUGUCGGGUCCGCGUAUUGUGUCGUGCUCGGAUGAUCGCACUGUCCGGGUCUGGAGGAGACAGCCUAAGGAGCAGGCUGCUACUGGGGGUACAGGCAUGCCGAGUAUUUUGCGUCCGACGGGCCUGGAUGAGACUUGGGAGGAGGAGACAGUCUUGCCCAAGGUGCAUGAUCUGGCUGUUUAUGCGGUCGCUUGGAGCAAGCGGACGGGAUUUCUGGCGUCUGUGGGUGCGGAUGGUCGCAUUGUGAUCUAUGAGGAGCGCUUGGGUGCUGUGCGGCCGGAGUGGGCGGUUCUGGCGGUGUUGCCGGGGGCGCAUGGCAUCUAUGAGAUUAACCAUGUGGCCUGGGCCAAGCGUGCGGAUCGUGGUCGUGACGUGAGCAGGGAGGAAGAGGUCUUGGUCACUACUGCUGAUGAUGGCAGUGUCAAGGUAUGGACGGUGAAGCGGUAA